AUGACUGAUCACAGUAAUAAUUCAACAGAUAAUAAUAAUAAUAAUAAUAAUAAUAAUAAUAAUAAUAAUAAUAAUAAUAAUAAUAAUAAUAAUAACAAUAAUAAUAGUAAUAAUAAUAAUAGUAACAACAACAAUAAUAAUAAUAGUACUAAUAAUAGUAAUACCAAUACAAAUGUUUUAUCACAAGAAUUAUUAGAUAUAUUAAAUUCAUUAGCCGAUACAUUUAUAAAUGAGUCAAAUUAUUCUUCUUUUGAAGAUUUGUUUAUGUCAAUAGAGGAAGCGUAUUGGUAUUACAUCGAUAUACAUUUGAUUCAAAAUACUAGGUUACCAAAACCUGAUUUACAAAAUUUUGCGGAAAUGAUAUUACAAAAUAAUGAAAGAUUAUUACCAUUUCAUACAGCAUUAUUAAAUACAUCAACUUAUAGUGGUAUGGUUAAAAAAUUUGAAGUAUUCAAAAGAUUAAUACCGAAAUAUGGUGCAAUUAUAUUAAAUAAAGAUAUGAGUAAAGUUGUAUUGGUUAAAGAACAAUGGUGGGGAUGGGGUUUUCCAAAAGGUAAAGGUAAAGAGGGUGAAACUGAAACUCAAAGUGCAUCAAGAGAAGUAUUUGAAGAGAUUGGUUUCGACAUUUCAUCUUAUAUAAAAAAAGAUGCAUUCAUUCAAAAAGAAAGUCAUGGUGUAAUUAAAAAAUUUUUCAUUUGUGUUGGUGUUGAUGAAUUAACUGAUUUUGAAACUCAUACAAGAUAUGAAAUUAGUAGAAUUAAAUGGCAUUUAAUUGAUGAUUUACCAUUAUUUCAUAGUAGACAAUCACACCAAUUUGCAGCUAUUAUAUCAUAUGUUAAACCAUUAAUAGCAUGGAUCGAUAAUAAAAGAAUGGAGAAUGGUUUAGAACCAAUUCAUAGAACCAAUUCCAAUAAUAAUGAAGGUGGUAAUAUAGGUGAUUUCUCAUUUAAAUACAAAUGGACACCACAAAAAAACAAAAUUAAAAAUACUCAACAACAUCAUCAACAACAAAUUCCAGAGGAUGAUAACGAAAUCAUUUUAAGUAAUGAAGUUGAAAGUAUUCAAUUAUCACAGUAUAUCGAUGAGUUUAAAUCAUUUCUAAAUGAGAAACAAUCAUUAUCAACUAGUGGUAAUAAUACUCCUAAAUUAAAUUCAAAUUUAUCUAAGAAAAUUGAACAACAACAACAGCAACAACAACAACAACAUCCACAACAACAAAAUCAAAAUCAAUAUCAACAACAACAACAACAACAACAACAACAACAACAACAACAACAACAACAACAACAACAACAACAACAACAACAACAACAACAACAACAGCAACAACAUCAACAACAAAAUCAAUAUCAGCAACAUCAGCAUCCACAACACAGCAACAACAAUAACAACAAUAACAAUCAACAAUUAUAUCUUCCAAGCUAUCAACAACAACAAAAUAUUCAAAAUCAACAAAAUUUUCAAAAUCAAUUAUUAAACUUUAAUAAUCAACAACAAAACUUUCAAAAUCAAUUACGACAACAAAACUUUCAGAACCAACAACAAAACUAUCACCAAAAUCAGCCAAACUUUCAAAACCAACAACAACAACCAAACUUUCAAAACCAACAACAACUAAACUUUCAAAACCAACAACAGCAACAAAACUUUCAGAAUCAAAUGCAAAACUUUCAAAACCAACAACAAAACUUCCAAAACCAACAACAAAACUUUCAAAACCAAAAUCAACAACAACAACAAAACUUCCAAAAUCAACAACAAAAUUUUCAAAACCAACAAAGAUUUAUGCACCAACAACAAUAUCAACAAUAUAAAUAA